AUAUUGCCAGCACGUGACAUGCAGAGCUGUGCAGAUUCCUCGUUGGUUGUUGGACCAGUUACUGAGGAGCACCUUAGAGCACACACCAUCGCUUGAUGCUCCAUGUUGAAUCUACUCACAGGCGCUUCAACGCGGAUGCGUCCAAAGCUAAACUGGUCGACACUCCAUAACGGAAUCUUUUUGUAGCUUUUUGUUCAACUGUCCAGGUUGGGGUUGCAUCGUUUCUAGCGCUGAUUCAUGUUAUUCAGUGACGCUCGGUAUUCUAGACUAAUUCUGAAGUUCGUUGUUAGCUUCUCGAUUCAGGGCAGACAAUCUCGAUUAUAGAAGCUCGGCACCGCAGGGUGAACCUUAAAUACAACCGUGUAGAAUUUAUCUGGUUUCACUUGUAAUUAAGGAAAUUGGGGGCUUUUAGAGAUUACUUGGUUCGUUUCAGAUUAGUUUUCACUGUUGCCUCGAGUAGUGGACUCCUGUUGUAGGCAACACCAGUUAAGGGUUCAGGAUUCAAGACUCUGUCGUUGACGUUUCUGCACUGGAGUCGCUGUUGGUCGACUGCAUGAAAUGCUUUACCAUGUAGAGGUCAGUGGUAACUUUCGGAGUUCUUCGUGGCAUCGGCAUUAGCAGGCCACAAGGGUAUGGGUCGUGGCAGACUUUUGUUUCAAAAGUGAAGCUGUUUGUCUCAAUCAGCGCGUACAAUAUUUGCUUUCAUGAUGCACGCUUAAAGCACAAAAGAGAAGUAAUUUAGUACCUUACGCCUUCUCCCAAGCUCUAAAAAUGUGGUUUCAGUGUUUAGAAACGAACUGAAGUUUCAGACACAGAGUAUUUUGCCAUGACAAAAUUGUGCUCUUAAGAUGCACAAGCCUGAAGCUUGAAGAGCUGAACGCAGUCUGAUAUGUUGUCAUAUUGACAUCAAAAUUCAACCCUAAGGUACAUCGAAGCUGUCACUUGAUCUUCACUAGUGGGACGUUGCUCACUGAUCAACAGCGCAUCAGAAAUCACAAUCUUGGGACUCUGAAAUUUGACCUCCUGCUUCUUCAUCAUCUGAUCUAGCCCGUGAAUACCUUAGAACGGUAGCCCAUGACUAAUAUCAUGGCACGGCCAGAUGGUAACCCCUACUUCUUUGCACAGCACCAACAUAGUCCAGGUUUUGAUCCAGAAUCACGGCAACAUCAAUCUAGUCCACGAGAAUGGUACUCCAGCAACCUCCAGACUCACAGUCCUGUUUCUGUAGGGGCCCGAGAUGAAAUCUGCAACGUCUAUGCUAGUAGCUCACAAAAUCCUGCAGAUUCCACGCAGUCCUGGGCCAAAGCUCUUCUUCUGGACUGUGCAAGAGCUAUAGCUGAGAAAGACACUUCGCGCGUUCAAAGCAUUAUGUGGAUUUUGAACGAGAGUGCAUCUCCAUACGGAGAUUCCGACCAAAGACUUAUGUCAUAUUUCGUCCAAGCACUUGUCUGCAAGAUCACAGACACGGGCUCUCGAUGCCACCGAAGUCUAACUUCCGCCGCCGAAAAGACGUAUUCCUUUGAAUCGAUGCGAAAUAUGAUCCUUAACUUUCAGAAUGCGAGCCCCUGGACAACUUUUGGGCAUGUUGCUGCAAACGGAGCUCUUCUGGAGACGAUGGAAGGGGAGUCCAAGAUACAUAUCAUUGACAUCAGCAGUACAUUGUGUACGCAAUGGCCAACCUUUCUGGAAGCUCUAGCAACGCGGACGGAUAUAACCCCUCACCUCCGCCUCACAUGCAUCGUGAUAUCACCCGAAGAAGCAGCGUUGAGGGUGAUGAAACAAGUCAUGAACAGAAUAGACAGGUUUGCCAGACUGAUGGGAGUGCCGUUCGAGAGCACGGUGAUCCAUAAACCUCACUUGGAAACGUUGGAUCUGGAUGAGCUGAACUUGCGGGAAGGUGAAGCUCUCGCUGUGAAUUGCGUUCAGACUCUACACCACAUCUCCGAGUGUGUAGCAGCCGAGGAGCAGUACAGUCCUCGAGACCGAAUUCUGUCCACUUUCCGGAGUGCCAAACCCAAGAUUCUGUCGAUCGUGGAGGAUGAAGCUAACAUGAUCUCACCAGACUUCCUUGGUUGCUUCCGGGAGGCCCUUAGAUUUUACUCGCUCUUAUUUGAAUCUUUGGAGGAGAGCUUUCCCCGAGCCAGCAACGAGCGUCUCAUGCUUGAGCGAAAUUGCGCCCGCAAGCUGGUGAAUAUGCUAAGUUUUGACGCCACGGAGAGUACAGAAAGACAAGAGAAAGGGAUUCAUUGGGAUUACCGACUACGAAAAGUGGGCUUUGAGCCCGUGUCAUUCAGUCACGACGUGGUGGAUGACGUUCAAGCUCUACUCAAGAGAUACAAGAAGGGGUGGGGUCUUGACAUCACCGAUGCCAGGCUUUACCUUACCUGGAAGGAACAAGCAGUUAUUUGCAGCACCACAUGGAAGCUCAUCACAACCCCGUCAUAUUGAAUCAUCCAGAUCUCUCAACCUUUAAAAAGUAUCAUAAAAUAGAUUUUAUGCUUAGCUUUCCAGACAUGGAAGCACCACCAGUAAGCCAUCCAAGUCAAGGGUCCAGAUUCGGAUGUUCACUGCUUGUGCUUCCAUCACUCAUUUAAAAAAUUUCACGCAGCGUCGAGGAUCGAUAAUCUAGCGUAGGCCAUUUCCAGGAGACCGUCACUGGCAGCUUAUUAAUGGUGUCCCAUAGAACUCACAUGCAUUCAUUUAGGACCUUGAUGAACUCAUUUACCUCGACUGUAAACACCUUGUCAUUGAAAUCAAAUUUGAUCUGUUUUCA